CAAGGCAGGAGCUCCCCGGAGAGGAAGAGCCCCAGCUCCCCCGUCUGCAAAGAGCUCACACGGAGAGAGGUGACACAUAGACACUCCUGUACACGUCUCUCUCAAAAGAGGGGGAUGACAGACCGACCCGACCCUCACUGACUGGCACUCUCUGGCCUCCAUGCCUAGCUGGGCCCCCAAGGAUGGACCUGCCUCUCCUGAUACCUGCAUCGCACAGAGAGCUUGUGUUCAGCUGACUUUCUACGUAAGUCCUUUUCAGAGUAACUGCUAUCCAGGAUAGAGUACCCCAUCAUUUGACAAAUCACGACCACCUUCAUCAAGCCCUUCCAGUAUAAUUCGCCGCACUUCCUCACUGGAUACACUUGCUGCUCCCUACCUCGCUGGACAAUGGCCUCGUGAUAAUCAUGGACAGGCUGCUCCCUGUAUGAGGGACAAAGCCACGCAGACAGAGAGUGCCUGGGCUGAAGAAUAUUUAGAAAAGAAGAAAGGAUCUCACAAGCGGUCAGCAUCCUGGGGCAGCACAGACCAACUCAAGGAGAUUGCAAAAUUGCGUCAGCAGUUGCAGAGAAGUAAACACAGCAGCAGGCAUCAUCGGGAUAAAGAAAGACAGUCUCCAUUCCAUGGUAACCAUGCAGCCAUUAAUCAGUGCCAGGCUCCCAUCCCAAAAAGUGUAAUUGUUCCUGUUAUACCCAUAACCAAGUCGACAGGAUCACGUUUCCGGAACAGCAUAGAGGGGCUGAAUCAGGAGAUUGAGAUAAUAAUUAAGGAGACAGGAAGCAAGGAAGAACAGCUGAUUCCACAAGAUAUUCCAGAUGGGCACCGUGCUCCGCCUCCGCUGGCACAGCGCAGUAGCAGUACUCGCAACAUGGAUACCCAAACACCUGGUGGAGCAGACAGAGGCAGUAACAACAGCAGCCGUUCCCAGUCUGUGUCCCCCACCUCAUUUCUUACUAUCUCAAAUGAGGGCAGUGAGGAGAGCCCUUGCUCUGCUGAUGACCUUCUUGCUGACUCCAAAGAUAAAGAGAAUGGGAACAGCUCUCCCUUGCCCAAAUAUGCUACCUCGCCAAAACCCAAUAACAGCUACAUGUUCAAGCGUGAACCUCCUGAGGGCUGCGAGAAGGUGAAAGUCUUUGAAGAAAGUUUGCCAAAGCCAUUGCAUGAAAUUCCAGCCUUCUACUGUCCUGACAAGAACAAAGUGAAUUUCAUUCCUAAAAGUGGCUCUGCUUUCUGCCUUGUCAGUAUUCUCAAGCCGCUUCUUCCCACACCGGAUCUUACACUCAAAGGCACUACUCAUAGCCUGACUGUCUCCUCUGGCAUGACACCUAAUUUGUUACAGCCCAUUGCCAUGGCCUCCCUGUCUGCAAACACUGAGCAAGACCGGAUCUCUCGUGGAACAAGUACAGUAAUACCACAGACCUCUAUACUCCAGCAAUCAGGACAUAUCGAAGAAGCUGAGUGAUGUCUCCAUUGUGCAGGCAUUGUUCUGGAGAGACUGCUAGGAAGACCUUGUUUAAACUAGUUGUGUGGUCACACCUGUUUGUUCAUUUUAACAACUCAUGACAUUGUCAUAGUCAUAUUCUGCUGAUCUCCAUGACUAUAGUGGUAGCAUUCUGAGAAAUCUAGGAGGAGGCAGCAGAUGAAGCAAUGCUGUACUCUGCUUGUGAAGACUCACAUUCAGUUUCUCACCUGCAUUUUUUUUUCCAAGCUCUGAUAAGACAGACUGUUACUAAUUCUUUGCCAUUGGAAGGUUCAGUUAUUGUGAUGCUUUGUGUCCUUCAGACUUUUUCAGCAACAACAAAAAUUCUGAGACACAGCUGAUGCCAGCAACCACUAUAACUUGCAGAGGGAGGGGUAACCAUAUGGCACUGCAAGACCCAUCUUUUGUAUGAAAAUGAAUAUUUUAUAACAAGUUUGCAUUUUCUGAUACAGAGCGGGAUGUUCAAAAGACACUUUCAUAGCCACUGUUUUCCCUUCUUUGGGUGGUACGUUUUUCUCAGCUGUUUUCCAGCUGCUGAGACCAAAGGAUUGUUGAAAUACUUUAGCAGUCUCCACAUGUGACCUUCUUCAACAGUCCCUACUCCCAACAAAAGCAAAUCAAUUAAUGCAUACAAAAUGUAAAACAAAAGGAAAGAGAAAACAAUAUUAGUAUGUUAUGUGCAUUUGCUUUUGAUAUCAGAGGUUUGUGCUUUGGUAAACCACAUUGUUCUUGAGCUCCUACUCCCUAGAUGGAAUUCCUGUGUACAUUUAAUUACAUGGGCAGAAAAUAGCAUUUUAGAGCACUUGUCCCAGUAGUGUAAUCACUUUUCCAUAGAACUUUUGUUUGGGUUAAAAAAAUGUCUCUUCCUUGCCUCCACCCAAACAAACAAAAACAAAAGCUGCCACUUGACUCUUGAGAGAUCUCUUGGUUACUUGUGUAAUUCAGUCUGAAUCAUGCAUCAGUUUUUGGCACAAAAUUCACUCUGUUGUGGCUGAUCACUGUACUGUGGACCCUAGCCACAUGAUACUGAGAUGGCUAUGCAUGAUUCCUUGUCCUUGUCAUAAUGUUGUUUUGUGGGUGUCUUGAGGGUAGUAGUUUGUUAGGCAUGGUAUUCGUUACACAGCAAUCAACAGCAACAGAUAUGUUCUCUCUUUUUGACUAGCAACAUUGUCGAGUGUGUCAGAGAAGAUAUGUUGAUACCUGGUUCUGGUUUGCAGCUGUUACCAGUUUCCUGUAUGCCUCUGUGGUUCUUUGACUGUUGAAAUAAAAAAUGAAAAUGGG